GUCCCGAUGCUCCGUUCCUUCAGAUCCCCAUUCUCCACCGAGCCAUGGCCUUGUCCAAGAAGCCGCUGUCCCUGGUCGCCAGUCCCUGGUCAUCGCCAGUCUGGAUGAAAACCAACGGAGAGAUGAAGGGGAAGGGAAGUCUGAAGGGGAAGCCGGGGGACAAGUAUCACAAGACCUGGGCCAACUACUUCAUCAGGUUCCUGGGCGAAUACGCCAAGCACAACCUGACGUUCUGGGCGGUGACGGCGCAGAAUGAGCCCACGGCUGGACUGAUCAACAACUACCCCUUCCAGUGCCUGGGCUUCACCGCUGAGCACCAGCGGGACUUCAUCGCCCAGGACCUGGGCCCGGCGCUGGCCAACAGCUCGCACAAGGGCAUCCGGCUCAUCAUGCUGGAUGACAACAGAGUGCUGCUUCCACACUGGGCCAAAGUGGUGAGUCUGCACACCGGGGCCCGCUGCUCCUUCGCCUGUUCUGCUGAGGCUGUGCACGAGCUCCGCUCUGCGGGGAGAUACCGGGUGUUGGGAUUGGCCUGUGGGCCGAGCAUACUCAACCGGCACGUGCCUGGCGUGUGCCCUGCUGGGCAGGAGGAGUGGUUCCCGCCAGGCGGAGCAGGGCUGGGCGCUGUCAGGAC